CUUGAUAGAAAAGCUACAGCUUGUGAAAACAACAAGACCACAUCUGGAUAAGAGUAUUCUGACAGUGACAUUUGAAGUAGCUGGGAGUCUCUCAGAGGACGUUUUGAAUGUCUUCAUCCAGGAUCUUCUGUGGGAGAAAGCAUUCAAGAACCAAGCCGGACUUCCCAUGAAGGUCAUUCGCUUGAAGGGGAUCGUGUCCAUCGCAGGUAAAGCCAACCAGGUGAUGUUGCAGGGGGUCCAUGAACUCUACGAGCUGGAUGAGACCCCACAGGUGUGGGGGGAGGAGCCUAGGGUCAACCGCCUCGUCUUCAUAGGGAGAAACCUGGACAGAGAGAUCCUACAGGAACAGUUCAUCUUAACGGUGCUGAAUGUGGGGGACAGGAACUAAACAAGAACCCCACCCCUCUCUCCUCACAGUGAACUAUUACUGUUUAUUUCUGAUACACCACACAAUGAAACACCUUCUGUACCUGCAGGAAUCCUCAUCACUGUGGAGUGUUUCAGUCCAGGAGUACCUCAAAACGUUAUGCUAUUUACUAUUAACCAUGAUUACAGGCCAAACCUCCACAGCGCAAGCAUCUAAUUGACAACAGUACAGUCAGGCUAUACACAGUGUGUAGUCGGGUCACUUGCUGAUGAGGCAAAUGCUACGAGGAAACCUUAGAUUAGUGUUUGAGUGUACUCAAUCCAUCAUCAACACCAUUACCCAGUCAUACACUCUCCACUCAAUCAAGAUAAAAAGACAAUUGGAAAAUAGAGAAGUAAAUAGUGUUCUUACUAUCAUUUUCUUUGUAAAUUAUGUUUAACUUUGGAAACUCCUAACACCCAUAACCUAUUCAUUGAAAGCAUGAGUGUAUUCAUCAAUAGUUUUGCUGUGUUUAAAAUCUGUAAGUUGUUGGUGAAGUUAAGGUUUUGGACAGGCUAAGGCUUUUAUCACAUCUUAUCUCAAAACUGGUGCACCACAAAAUUAGGCUGUCUGUAAAUGUCCACAUGCUUGACUACUACAUGGGGUGUUUCAAUUAUUGAAAUAAAGAAACAUUAUUAAGUAAUCUGA